AUGCCUCACUUACAAAAUUUUGCUGUGUUUCUGCUAAAGGGUUUCAUUUCAUUUUCAUUUGGUGUGGACAGACUAAAAUUUGUCCACACCAGCUGUACUGAGUUCAGGAAUAACCAACAGCAGCCCCAAGCUUUAGCAGAAACAGAUAGCAACUUCUCAGAGGCUAGGAACAGAAUUUUGACUUACAACACUCAAGAGAACAAUUCAUCCGUGGCGAAGUGUCAUCUGUCUGAACCAGUACCUGCAACAAUGUCUUUGCAAGCUCCUACUGACACACGAUGGGUUGAUUAUGUGAUCAGGUGGCUGCCCAGGGAUGUCUGUCCCAUUAGUCCCAGCAAACACAGGAACACCUGGCUUACAAUUAUUAUUACCAUCAAUGGCAGAGACAAGCUCGAUUCAUCAGCGCCAGUAACAGCAACCUCUUAG